GUGUCAGGGUCUCUGCAAUUUCACAAAGCGACGAUUCUGAAAACCUGGGUCUUCAGUUUUGGUGCCAUGGAUGAACCUGAACCCAUCAUGGAGGUGAAGGAAGAUUUCAUGGUUUCACCAGCUGGUGACAGUGACCCAUCUCUCAGAACAGCCCAUUUUCUGAAACCCAUUGCUAAUGGUAAUGGAACAGUUUCUGAGUCUGAGACUCCAUUUUUCUCUGGGCACCCCAUUUUUGAACAGUGGCCUCUGAAAGUCCAUUUCAAUGGGUGGCGCAACUUGCAUCCGAGAUGGGUUAGGUGGGUGAAUGCACUUCGUCUCAGGUAUGAAUCUGUGUGGAAGAAAGCUGGAAUGUUUGAUGCUAUCAUGAGCACAACGUGCUACAUUAUGAGAAACCGUGAUUUGGCUUUUGGGGUUGCAGAGAAAUGGUGUUCUGAGACAAAUACCUUUGUGUUUUCAUGGGGUGAGGCCACUAUCACGUUGGAGGAUGUCAUGGUUUUGGGGGGUUACCCUGUUGUUGGUGACCCUGUUUUCACCUCACUUGAGAGCCCAGAAAUGAGAGAGGUUGAGCAAAAAUUGGUCCGUGCAGCGCAAGAACAUUGGCGGAGUAAAGGCCUUAACCCUUACACAUCAAAAUGGAUAGAUUUUUUCAUGAAUGGUGGGAGUGAAAUUGAGCAUGAAGCUUUCCUUGCUGCUUGGUUGUCAGUGUUUGUUUUUCCUCGUAACAACUUGGUAAAUAAGUUGUUGUUUCCUAUGGCUGUUCUUCUUGCUAGAGGUAAUCCCAUUGCUUUGGCACCAGCUGUUUUGGCUAGCAUAUAUAAGGAUUUGGGUGUGUUGAAACAAACAAUAGCUGAUUUGACAAAAGAAUUAGUAGUUGGUUAUGAAUUGGGGUUUGAGUUAGAGGUUAAUCUUUGGUCACCCUUUAACUUGGUUCAAGUUUGGGUGUGGGAAAGGUUUAAGAAUUUGCAGCCAGAGCCUAAUUUAACUAAUGAUGGAGACCCUUUAUUGUUUAAGUGGAGCAAGGUUAGGGCCUUGGAAAUUGAUAAUGUUAGGCUGGCACUGGACUUAGCUAUAGAUGAUUUUGUUUGGCGUCCAUAUGUUAGAUAUGGUGGUAAGUUCAGGGUGUUUUAUCCCGAAAAUGAAAUUCAGCAGGUACCAUUUGAGGCUGAUUUGAGCAAAGAGCUAGCCUCAUUUGUUACUUGCAUGAGAGUUUCUCAGCUUGUUGGAUUUGACUCAACUAUAAUGCAGUACUUCCCGCAUAGAGUUGCUAUGCAAUUCGGAAUGGAUCAAGAUGUUCCGGGUCGUGUGCCUGUAUUCAAUGGAACUAGAGCUACUGCUUGGGAAAAUUACUGCAGGCCCAUUUCUGAUAGGAAUUUGUAUUUUCCGUCAAGGCUUUUUGAGGCAGAUGUUACCACACGUUAUGCAAGGUGGUGGAAGCAAUCAGUAUUGCAUCAUCAGGAUUUUGCUAAGAAUAUUGUGCGGAGGAAGAGAAGUGCAAGGGCAUCAAAACGUGGACCGCAUGUAGUUAAAGCAAACAUAAAUGGUAAUGAUGCUAUUGCUGAUGCUCCACCCUUGUCUCCUCCCAAACUUGUUAGCACUGUUAUUCUCAGAAAAUCUUGUGAUGAUGGUUUGAAAACUGUCAAGGUUGAAAAUGAUGCUGAUGUACCUUCUCGUUUUCUUCCUAAACAAUUGCAUAUAGUUCCUUUUGGAAAUUCUGUUCAAGAUGGUUUGAUAGCUAAUGAAGAUACUGGUGUUGAUGUUCCAACCAAUUUUCCCCCAAAGCUUGAUGCACUGAAUCCUAUGACGAAGUCAAAUGCAAAAGAUAACACUGAACCUUCAUUAGGGAGUUUGAAGGAAGAUCUUGAAGAUGCAAAUGGGAUUAAAGGAUCAAGGCUGUCUAGUGACAAAGUUAGGCUAUUUGAGAUCCCAGUUGAAAGCUGUAGCUGUAGCUGUGUAAAAGCACUGGACAAGAGACUUAGCAGACUUGAGAGAGAGAUUUCAAGAUUAAAGAAAGCAAGGUUGCACUAGAACUGUCCAAGAUCAACUCGCGAGCCCAGCCGUCUCAACCCAGCUCGUCAACAGGUUGGGUUGAUUGUACAAUCCAGCCCAUACGGUGUUAUUGUGGUCCCUAUAAAAAAUUGGUACUAUUAAUCCAGCCCUGAUAAAUUAAAUUUAAAUUGGUCCCUAUAGAAAAUUUCAUAGCUUUUAGUUGCUAAAAAAAUUAUGUUUGUUUAAUAUGGUGUUAUUGUGGUCGUUUUUCUAAUUUGGUGUUAGGUUGCAUUUGUCAUUUUUAUUACACUUUUGCUUA